AUGCCUUUAAAGUGCAAAUCAAGCGAUCGCUUUUCUCUCUUUCAGCCCUGUCGAGUGGACUAUGAGUUGAAGGUCUUCGUGGUGGAUGAAGAUGGAUCCAGAGCACAAAAACGAUGCGAUCUAAUGUAUUAUCAGGAAAUAUUUUUUUGCAAUGAAAAUUUAAAUGCCGCCCAAAAGCUCCAAGGUCGUGGCGGUGGUGGUGGUGGUAUUCCUUGCAAUGGAAAACUCAAUUGUCUUUUCUCUUUACUUUUGCAGCAACUCCGUCCGGAUGAUCGUCCGAAAGUUGACCUUCGCUCCCGACGAGGCAGGACCCCAGCCAACUGCCGAGGUGGUUCGUGA